AGUUACUGUAAAGGAUAUGGCCAAGGUAUCAUUGAUCGUCUCUCGCAUAUGCGUCCCAUUCUUCUUUAUACGUCAGUUACCGUAUGUAUAACCCAAUUGAAAACGUCUAUGCGAACACGACCGUCGCCUGGAUCAAGCGGAAACGAUUAAGAGUUGAGGUUCGCUCAGCCCUACGACUGUUGCGAAAUAAGACCACGAUGGCGAGCUUGCACCACUUCUCCGUACACGAUCGCUCCGGCACCAGUCCUUGCUCGAUACCUGCUAGUGGAGUUAUAUCCCAGCCCUCUCAAGAUAGCCAAAGCGCGCUCGUUCCCCAGACCUCUAUGAUGCCUGAUUGCGACCCGCCGACUCAUGUCGUCAGCUCCCAGGGCUGGAGGGGUAUCCUGCCGAGCCCCCACGGGAGGUCUGCUGUGCCAGCGGCCGGGUCGGCCGAGGCAAAAGAACAAAGUCCCCAAAAGGAUGCCGAAAGACAAUUCUCCUGCAACACAUGCUCGAGGACAUAUCGACAUGCGAAGCACAUGAAGCGCCACCUCCGAAGACAUACCGGCGAGCGCCCAUACAAGUGCGAGAUCUGCCACAAAACGUUUUCGCGUAGCGACGUUCUCAAGCGCCACUGUAUCAAAUGUUCUAGUCGCCGCUACAACCCGACAAACGCAGUUUACUUGUCUCAUCCGCAGGCUGCUGCUGAACACAAGCCUAUGGAUACCGAGGGCGAUGUGAAGACGAAGUGGUUUCAUAUGGGCAAUAUGCCUAUCGAUCCGCAGCUGUUUGAUAGAAGCCCCGGAUAUUGUUAGGGAGGUAACAGCGGGGGCUCGUCCACGAUCAGCAUGAUCAUGUUUUUCCAACGCAGCUUUUCUUCUUCCGAGACGUUCUUUGUCUUCGCUGCCCUGUCCUCGAAUCCAAUGUUCGUCGCCGAGUGGAGCGUCGGACCGAGGACCAUCAUUAUCACGUGAAUCAACAGGAUAGUCAUCAAACCCAGCCGACGCCCAAGCAUCUUGUGGAAAAGUCCUUUCGAUUGGUUGUGUGGAAGUAGAGAGCUGCAUGCCGGGGGAUCUUGCCAGCGGGGCUGCGAAACUGUAGGUGAUGCGGUGAUACGGAGACGGGUCGGCCCAAUCUUGCACAACCGUGAGCGGAGUUGGUAGAAAACGCCCCAAUUCAUGGACGGCAUUAUGCGGCUAAGUGGGGAAUUAAAAAGGCGAAAUCGUCCAAAAUCGACGUCCAUCCAAAUUGGCCACAUUAGAAGCAAUGACAACCGAUCAUUGUCCAAAAAGGUGGUUGGGGGAUGCUGUGC